CUGCUAAACAAGAAAACUCAAUUUCCCAAAGUACACCGCGAGCCAGAGGUGAAAGGUCGAUUACGUCAAAUUCAUGGCGCCAACUACAAUAAACAUUAGCAUUUGUCGAGCAGUGCGUUGUUUCCACUGUUUUUACUGAUAUUUUAGUGUACCCAGUGAAACUUACUAUUGGCAAGAUGUCUGAAAAGGCCAAGGACAUUCUGAAAAUGGACCUUUAUGGUUUGCUUGGAAUUGAAAACACUGCUACAACGAAGGAGAUCAAGAAAGCCUAUCGACAGAAAGCUCUGAAGUGCCAUCCAGACAAAAACCCAGACAACCCAAAAGCAGCUGAGCUUUUCCACCAGUUGUCCCAGGCUCUGGAGGUGCUUACUGAUGCUCCUGCCAAGGCCGCCUAUGACAAGAUUUGCGCUGCCAAAAAACAAGCAGAAGAACGUAACCGCAAACUUGAUGACAAAAGAAAGAAGAUUAAGCUAGACCUUGAGACAAGAGAACGACAAGCAGAGGCUGAGACCCAAGUUGAAGUGCAAAUCACAAGAACACUUGAAGAAGAGAUAGCUCGUUUGAGGGAAGAGGGCUCCAGACAGCUUGAGGAAGAACAGAGGCUCAUCAGUGAGCAGAUCCAAAGAGAAAGAGAAGCACAGCAGAACACAGGCUCUGGUGUAGAGAGAUGUUCCAGAACCAACGUCACCCCAAAACUAAAGUUAAAGUGGAAGUGUAAAAAAGAUGAAGAGACAAAUGGAGGCUACUGUCAAGAGUUCAUUUUUAAACUUCUACAAAAGUACGGAGAUGUUUUGAAUGUGAUCAUAUCAAGUAAGAAGAGAGGAAGCGCUGUGGUAGAAUAUGCAACUGUAAAGGCAGCUGAGCUGGCUGUGAAGAAUGAAAGCGGCCUGAGUGAAAACCCAUUGAAGAUUUCCUGGCUUGAGGGACAGCCGGAAGUUGCUUCUGCAUCUGAGUUCAUGUCUGCACAGAUCAUAAAUCAUGCCUCUCACCUGGACAGAAGAAGUCUGAGUAGGUAUUCGGACAAGUUGGGACACUUUGACAGCCAUUCAGGACCUGAAAAUGGCCAGAAGGACACGAAAAGAUGCUUGGUUCUCCCCGCCCCUCUACCCCGUUUCUUUGUGAGGAUUAUGAGACAUUCUUUACCUAAAUGGGAAUAUAUGAACAUUGUAGCACUCGGCAUCCUAAUGACAGCAGACCUUGCACGGGCUCUCUAUCCAAUGAGCGCGACUAUGAAAGUGUGGUGAUGAUGAAGAUGAGGCAGGCUGCUGAGCGUCAGCGGCUCAUUGAUCAAAUGCAGAAGGAAGAUGAGGAUGACGCUGCCAUGUCCUAAUGCUAUAGGACCUGGCCCGGCUCCGGUCUGCAGCCAGUAAAAGGGACAUCUGUU